UUUUGAAGUGAAGUGAACUAUUCUCGUCUAAUUAUUUUUUAAAUUUUAUUUAUUUUUUUAAUUUUGUAAACAAUAAACAAAUGUGUGAAUUGUCCUUGACAGAAACAAGAUUGAUAGAACAUAAUGGAUAUCGAAGAAACUAGUAAACUUGAAGCAGAAGCCCUUAAGAGGCGUGAACGUUUGAGGAAUUUAAAAAAUCGUGUUACUAACGAAAAUGGUUCUGAAAAUAAUGCUAGCACUGAAGAGCUUCCGAAGCCUUUAUUUCGAAAUUACACUCCUAAUGAUGAACAAUUGAGGUUAAGCCAACUGCCAAAGGCCAAACCAGAAUCAGUUGAGGAAGAAAUUCAGAACCAUCUUGAAGCUGCCAAACCUGAACCUUUAAUUGAAGAAGUUGAUUUAGCUAGCUUGGCACCCCGUAAGCCUGACUGGGAUCUAAAAAGAGAUGUUGCAAAGAAACUUGAAAAAUUGGAGAAAAGAACACAGAAAGCCAUUGCUGAAUUAAUCAGAGAACGGCUGAAGUUAGGUGAAGAAGAUUUGGUUGAAGCUGUAAAUAGUUACUCAGAAAUAGAAAGUAAAGCUCAGGAUUCUGAUGAUGACUAAAUUAUUGUGAAUGUAAAUAUUAUUUGUAAAUAAAUUGUUUUUUUUUUAUA